AUGCGCCAUCCCUUCGCCAGCGUGCAAUACUACGCCAGCUCGCUCUCGAGCGACGAAGACGAGGAGCAGUGGCCCGACCGCAAGUCCAACGAGGCGCUCCUUAUCUCUGAGCAACGCUUAGCGCUUCCAUUAGCUCAAGCGCGUCAUGAUCCCCGAGGAAUUGCAACCCAGCCAGGAACUUCUUUGGCAUAUUUCGUUCAGCGUUCUCGUGAGGUGGCCGUCCAGCUUGGCGGCCAAGAGCCAGGCGCCCCCAUCCCUGUUUACCGUAGCGGAGGCACGAUAGAUGGAGUCAUUACCAUCUUUCAACCGGACGAGGUGCUUUCUCUCGACGUGCAGGUGCAUGGACAAAUCAGAAUACGAGAAGUCGCAGGCUCCGGAACUGUCCUCGUGCAACUGCUGCACGACCUGGUGUAUUCGUGGAAUUGCCAGAGAGAUGCUCCGCUGGGGACCAGAUGCUCAUUCCAGUACACCCUUCCUAGCGCACAUUUGGAUGCAACGUCCGGCGAGCGGCGUCCCCUGCCUCCAACGUAUCAGACCCACCUUGCCGGCAUCCCGGGAUUCACGAUGCAUGUGUCGUAUCAGAUAACAGUGGACAUAGUUCGUGGGGAACGCAAGGCGCCUCUGUGGCGCAAGAGAAGUUGCCUCCGCGUGCCGUUCGCGAUACAGCAGUAUUCUCGGCCACCUCGCGCAGGGCCCUUUCGCCUAAGUCCGGCGGCCUCGCGGGAAUACCCUCGCACAUUGUUCACGUACACUCUCGGACCUCGACGUCUUGGUCACUCUGCAAUCGAGCUACAUGUAUUUUUACCCAUGUCGCAGAUCUGUAGCCUUAAAGAGCCCAUACCGUUCUUUGUAACAUUAUUCGCGGACGAAGAUGUCCUUUCCCCAUUUACUUGCUAUCGCCCAGCACCCUCGUCGUUUCAUCCCCUGUCCUCGCCGUCACACACGUCCCUCCACUCCGUCUCGCAGCAGCUGAUAUCGCGCACUGGCAUCGGCAAGAGCGGACUCCCGCUCCAAGUUCACAUGAAGCGAACCACGGCGGUCGACGUGCUCUGCACCGGUGUUCCUCAGAUGUCACAGAGCAGCCAUAUAUUCUCCUCACAAGUAAUCGGCCAAGGAGUCGUACACAAGACCAGCAGGAACGCGAGGUCCAUUACCUGGGCUGGGGCUGUAACGCUUUCAGCCAAUGUGAGAAACGGCGGAUUUGAGGCUACAGGCGUGAGGGUUUCGGAUGGGAUCGUGGUGUGCAUCAAACCGCCAGAUGGUUCGCGGACGCCAUUCAAGGCGUUUUGCGAGACGAUACCUGUACGGCUUACUACCGAGUCGCACGCAUGCUCUUCUGCAGCGUCAGCCGCGGAGGCAUAG